AACACAUCAGCCUCAGUGGACAUGUGCGAGCUGAAGAGUGUCCUCCUACGGCUCAGCCAGCUCCUGCAGCAGCCACACAAGGCCUCCAGGAGGCCCUCGGCCACCCUGGCCAGCAAGCAGCUGCAGAGCCUGGAGUCAAAGCUGGCCACUGUGAGCUUCCCGGGGGACAAGGUGUCCUUUGAGGAGGACCGAGUCAACGCCACCAUAUGGAAGCUGUGGCCUUCCGCCGGCCUCCAGGACCUCCACAUCCACUCCCGGCAGGAGGAGGAGCAGAGUGAGGUCCGAGAGUACUCCGUGCUGCUGCCCCGCGCCCUCUUUCAGCAGACCAAAGGCCGGCGCGGAGAGGCGGCCAAGAGACUGCUCGUGGUGGACUUCAGCAGUCAGGCUCUGUUUCAGGACAAGAAUUCCAGCCAAGUCUUGGGCGAGAAGGUCUUGGGCAUCGUUGUUCAGGACACCAAAGUCUCCAACCUCUCAGAGCCGGUGGUGCUCACCUUCCAGCACCAGCCCCAGCCAAACAACAUCACCCUCCAGUGCGUUUUCUGGGUUGAAGAUGCAGCACCCGGCAGCCCCGGGAGCUGGAGCAGCGAUGGGUGUGAGACUGUCAGGGGAGAAACUCAGACGUCCUGUCUCUGCAGCCACCUGACCUACUUCGCAGUGCUGAUGGUGUCCUCAGUGGAGGUGGACGCCACCCACAAGCACAACCUCACGCUCCUCUCCUACGUGGGCUGCGUCAUCUCUGCCCUGGCCUGCGUCUUCACCAUUGCUGCCUACCUGUGCUCCAGGAGGAAACCUAGAGACUACACCAUCAAGGUGCACAUGAACCUGCUCCUGGCUGUCUUCCUGCUGGACGUGAGCUUCCUGCUUAGUGAGCCGGUGGCGCUGUCAGGCUCCCAGGCUGCCUGCCGAGCCAGCGCCAUCUUCCUGCACUUCUCUCUGCUGGCCUGCCUGGCCUGGAUGGGCUUGGAGGGCUACAACCUCUACCGCCUCGUCAUCGAGGUCUUCGGCACCUACGUCCCUGGCUACCUGCUCAAGCUGAGCGCCGUGGGCUGGGGCUUUCCCGUCUUCCUGGUGACGCUGGUGGCUCUGGUGGACGUGAACAACUACGGCCCCAUCAUCCUGGCAGUGCACAGGACUCCAGAGCGGGUCAGCUACCCUUCCAUGUGCUGGAUCCGUGACUCCCUGGUCAGCUACAUCACCAACCUGGGCCUCUUCAGCCUGGUGUUCCUGUUCAACAUGGCCAUGCUGAUCACCAUGGUGGUACAGAUCCUGCGGCUGCGGCCACACAACCAGAAGUGGCCCCACGUGCUGACCCUGCUGGGCCUCAGCCUGGUCCUUGGCCUGCCCUGGGCCUUGGUCUUCUUCUCCUUUGCUUCUGGCACCUUCCAACUUGUGGUUCUCUAUCUCUUCAGCAUCAUCACCUCCUUCCAAGGCUUCCUCAUCUUCCUCUGGUACUGGUCCAUGCGGCUGCAGGCCCGGGGAGGUCCUUCUCCUCUGAAGAACAGCUCAGACAGCGCCCGGCUCCCCAUCAGCUCUGGUAGCACCUCAUCCAGCCGCGCCUAAACACCCCAGCGUCCACUCUGUGUGAGGGCAGAGACAUGGCUCCCCCAUUGUCUACAGCCACCGCUGGCCUCAGCCUACCACUGGGCAGUGGCAGACUGGAGAAGGCCCUGUUCCCUGGAUGGAUGAAUGAAUGGAUGGAUGGAUGGAACAGUUGCCAUGGUAACCAGAUGCCCACCUGGCCUUGAGGACCACUCUCAGCUCCCAGUUCCAACUCCCAAGGAUUCCGGACUAUGCUGCCAUGCUGGUGGGAAGGAUGUCCCCACGACUGAUCAAACCUAGGACUCAGGCCUUGUUUCUCCUGACUUCUCUGAGCUCAGCUGACUCCACAGCAUCAGGGCCAGGCUUGGAUGUUAGAUGCCCAGACACAGCUACCCAGGCUGUUACGACUCUGAACCAGUCACUACACAGCAUUCUGCAGCCCUGGUCCUUUUAAUUUGGGCAGCAGCAAGGACAAGUAGAGCUGGACAGAGAGUUGGGCUGGAGUCCUGCAGGUGGUGAGGCCCUCCUUCAAAGGCUACCUCAGAGCCCAGAGCCUCUCCCUCCACCAGAUUCCCAGAGCCCCUUUUUUCCCUGCUCCCCUCCUGAGCUUUCCCUACCCUCUGCCCACAGCCUGGGGCCUCCAGUUCCAAUGCUGUUACUUUGGGAAGCGAUUCCCACCCAGCCUCCUGGUGCCUGCUGUAAACUACCGUGGCUUCACGGGCCUUGGAUGUCUCUCGUAUGGACACCUGGGCGGGGCCAUGUGGCCUGUGUGUCAGUGCUGUCCUUGAUCACCCCUCAGAGGGACCCUCCUGUGGCAAGAACUAUGGGACAGUCCUGGCACUCUAGAAGACUGGGACAUUCCUUCUGCUGACCCUAGUUUGAGCCAGACUUCUCACCUAUAAGGUGGUCUUCAAAUCCCUGCAGAUGGCUGCCUGUCAUGGGGGACUCUGCCCAACACUCAUUCACCACUCACCAGCCUGUGUUAGGGUGGCAGGGACACAGAUAGACAGAUCUGGUGGGCUCUUCCUGCAAACUCAGCUUAGAAUACAAGGCCCUGGGGCUAUAGGUACAAGGUAGGAGCCAAUACUCUUUGAUGGGCAUGUAGGAAAUCUUCUGGAAGAGGCAGCAUUUUAUCUUGACCUCAGCCUUCAAGAUGAAGACUGUGUUCUUUUUAAGUGUCAGUUUGUUCAUCCUAUUUUGAUGUUUGUUUUUUUUGGUGGGGGGAGAGGGGAAACAGAGCUAUAGAGCCUCAGCUGAUCCCUCUUGCCUCUGCCUUCUGAGAGCUGGGAUUAUAGGUGUUGACCACCAUGCUCAGCACUCAUUUGUCUUUUGAUAUUAAAAAGGAGGAUGUGUUUAUUGUAGAGAAUCUGGAAACUGUAGAAGAUUGUCAAGAGGGAAAAUAAAAAUCAGUUUUCUUUGCCUAACAAACGUUUGGAGCAUUUCCUCCAGAGAUGUUUCUUGUGUUAUUGAAAACAUCAAGAUGCCAGUGUCUCAGGAAAGAGAAGAGGACACUGGGUGAGGGAAAAUGCCAACAGCUGAUGCCAGACAACUGAGAAGACAAAUGGCAAGCUGGCAUUCAUGUUGGAGAUGUAAUGAGAAGUGAGGUCUGUGGCAAAGUGAGAAUUAAAACCCCAUGCUGAGUGACAGCUCUAGCUUCAGGUCUAGGAUGCAGGAAAACAACCCAUGUAGAAACCCAGGUUGGCAUGAAGAAUCCAUGGUUUAAAACUAUUGGUAGG